AUGGAUGCUCCGUGGCUGGCUCCGUGGCUGGCUCGGAUUGACCACGCCAGCGAGGGCGCCAUAAAGGACAUGCCCAUCGGCCAGACAGACGUGAGGCGUCUGCGAGAAGGUCAGGUCGGUUGUCAAUUCUGGAGCGCCUUUGUGCCGGACCCGGACCAAGGCGGCGCCGGCACCGAGCCGCAGCUGGAGACUCUGAGGGCCACGCUGCAGCAGAUCGAUCUGCUCCACGCCCUAUUCGAGAGACAUCCUGCCAACUUUGGCUUCGUGGACAGGGCCGACGACAUACUGCCCGUUUUCCGGAGUGGGCGCAUUGCCAGCCUGCUCGGGAUCGAAGGCCUGCAUCAGAUCGCUAAGAGCGCCAGCAUCCUCCGCAUGAACAUCUACUGCGAGUCGGCGAACGCGGAGGCGUCCGCCGGCAAAGGUCUCUCGGACGAGGGCCGCGCGAUGAUCACCGAGAUGAACAGGAUCGGAAUGAUGGUGGACUUGUCUCACACCAGUCCCCAGACGCAACUCGACGUUUUGGCCCUCUCCAGGGCUCCGGUCCUCUUCUCACACUCUUCAUGCUUCUCCCUUUGCAACCACCGGAGAAACGUGACGGACGAGGCCCUCGACAAGGUGGCAGAAAACGGCGGCAUAAUCAUGAUCUGCUUCCUGCCGUCCCUUGUCGGCGCAGGGGACGGGUCAAAGCCAACGGUCGGGCACAUUGCCGACCACGUCGAGCACGUGGGACGCAGGAUCGGCUACGACCACGUCGGCAUCGGCUCAGACUUUGAAGGCAUGCUCGAGGGCCCUGAGGGCAUGGAAGACGUCUCACAACACCCCCAGCUCGUGGCCGAACUCAUCCGGCGGGGACGGGGCGAGAAGGAGCUGGCCGGUAUCUUGGGACUCAAUCUGAUCCGCGUACUGAUGAGGGCCGAGGAGACGGCCAGGGAGAUGGAAUCAGAGGACAUUGAAAUCUUGUUCGACGAGCAUCCCGAGGUGUGGACCAAGGAACAGAAGACGAUUCUUUCCGAGGCGGGCAGGAUGCGUCAAGCCCAGAGAAGCCGGACCUAGCAUCUUGGCUUCGAAGACUUUCUGGCGCAUGCAGGCCGUUUCUCUUCGAUCUGGAUGAAUGUAUUGUUGAUCACAUGGUAGUCGACGAGGUAGUUACUGUUGCUGUUGUCGUCGUUUGUGACGCUGCAACACGCGCAGAGCGGGCCUUGGUGGUGGGCGAUAGAGCUCACCAGACUGGCCCCUACGGCGUGAUUACCAGCGGCCCGAUUGCUUUCCAAUUAUGACCUCCAAGUCCAAAAGUCCCUGUAAACGGCCGGAAACCAGCAGUAACCGUAG